UUUGGAGCUACAAAAGAAGUUCACCGACGCGUCUUCCGAUGUAACUUACUUCUACCAACUAUGCUAAGGUGGCCAUGAAACUUACUGGAAAUCAGAGAUACAGCCAUGCAAGGUCUGAAACCAAAAGAAAACAUUUUAAUGUCAGAUUUAUUUGCAAUGAAGACAUUCAACACGCUCCUGAUUGUAUUCGUGCUGUACUGUUUAAUCUCUCGAACGAAUCCUAAGGCAAUACGGAAAGGUCAUCAAAAAGAACUCUCUUCAAACACUUUUCUACGACAACUUUCCAUGGAUAACACUGAACAAAAGCGAUUGUUGGCAUGUGAAGACGUGAGAGAUCCAUAUCAUUGUUUUUAUCUAGCUGUGGUUGAAGAUAAUUGUGAUCAGCCUGGUGGUAACCUGUGUAGUUAUUCUUGUGGACUGUGCUGAAAACUGGGUCAUAAUUAGUUUUCCCAAAUAAGAAUGUUUUUAGCAGGAAACCGUUAACUGUUCUAAAGCUUUGUUGUAACUGGAAAAAGGGAAGUUAAAUAAAAUUGUAGACAAAU